AUGAGCAACUGUAAUGCAGUUGCCACUCUAUUAGAAACUGAGGGAAAGUUGAAAAGGGAAACGAAUGAUGAAUUUGUAAGUUCGACCUUAUACAAACAAAUCAUUGGAUCCUCGAGGUAUCUUUGCAACACUAGACCCGAUAUUUGUCAAAGUUUCGGAUUGUUGAGCCGAUUUAUGGAGAAAUCUCAAGAGUGUCAUCUCAUUGGAGUAAAGAGGGUGCUGAGAUACAUAAAGGGAACAAUUGAUCAUGGUGUGCUGAUGCCAAAGAAGUCGAAGAACAUCACAGAUUUAGAAGUCUAUGGAUACACUGAUUCAAAUUUCAGUGGAGAUCAAGACGAAAAGAAAACUAUUGUAGGCUACAUUUUAAUGAUCGAAGAUGCUCCAAUCUCUUGGAGAUCAAGAAAGAAAAACAUUGUGGCUUUUUUCAUCAUGCGAAGCGGAAUAUGUGGCUGCAUCAUAUACUGCAUGCCAAGCAACAUGGAUCGAAAUGUUGCUUGA